GCCGCUGCCGCCGCCGCCGCCGCUGCCGCCGCCGCCGCGUCCAGCCUGGAGCUUCGCGAGUUACGCCGCCACAAUUACAAAGCUGCCGUGCUGCCCAACAAAUCUGCGUCGUACCUGGAACACCGGCGCACAAGGAGCAGCCGGGGUAUGAACAUGGGGCAGAAGAUAUCUGGUGGUGUUAAGACUGUCAAUCGUGAAAGCCCACAGCCCUACAAACCUGUGAUCCCAAGAGAGCUGGCACAAGACUUUGCUCGUCCUGCUCGACUAGAUAUUUUGCUGGAUAUGCCUCCAGCAACUCGUGAAUGCCAGAUGAAACAUGCCUGGAACUCUGAAGAUCGAUCUCUUAAUAUAUUUGUAAAGGAGGAUGACAAAUUGACAUUCCACAGGCAUCCUGUGGCUCAGAGCACAGACUGUAUCAGAGGGAAAGUAGGUCUCACCAAGGGCUUGCAUGUGUGGGAGGUUUAUUGGUCCACUAGGCAACGUGGCACUCAUGCUGUUGUUGGUGUUGCAACACAAGAUGCACCUCUACAUUCUGUUGGCUACCAGAGCUUGGUAGGCAGCAAUGACCAAUCAUGGGGUUGGGAUCUAGGCAGGAACAAAUUGUACCAUGACUCCAGAAACAAUGUUGGAGUUACAUAUCCUGCUCUUCUGAAGCCCGAUGAAACUUUUAUAGUACCAGAUAAAUUCCUUGUGGUUCUGGACAUGGAUGAUGGUACCCUUUCCUUUGUAGUAGAUGGACAGUACUUGGGAGUUGCAUUCCGUGGGCUGAAGGGUCGAAAAUUGUAUCCCAUUGUGAGCGCAGUUUGGGGUCACUGUGAAAUUACUAUGAAAUACAUAGGAGGGUUGGACCCUGAACCUCUUCCUUUAAUGGACCUCUGCAGACGCGUAAUCCGACAGCGAAUCGGCAAGGAUCGUCUUGAAGAACGCAUUGCAAGCCUAAAUCUGCCUCAUGCAAUGAAAGUGUACCUACUCUAUCGAGAUCGUAGAUAACAGACUGAAGCAAUAGUGGAACUAGAAUGGCAGCAUGCAACAAUUCUCGCUCAACAUUUCUGAUAAGUAAUUCUUUUAUUAACCUACUGGUUGUCCAUGAACUUAGCAUUGUCGUGCUGCAGUCAGUGAUUGUGGGGCAAAUCGACAAUUUCUUUUCAUUCUUUUCCUUUCGUUUCUUUUCUUCUUUUUUCAAUGAGUGAUUCUAAAAUAUUGGAACAUGGUUCAUUCCAAGCUUUUGAUACAGCUGGAAGAAGCUAUAUUCUCAGUCAUUGUAUGUGAACUGAAAUAAAUUGGAGGAUACUCUUCAGUCGAUUUUAUUUUGUUGUUACAUCAAGUAUUCUUUAUUUUCUUUUGAACUAAAUACUUUGGAAGGAAUUAAUAGAAUGUUGAAGCAAGUAUGCAUGCAGCAUACAUGGAGAUUUUGUGGAUAAGUUUGGCUAUGAAUGUUGUCUUUUGUAGUUAAGUGCUUCUUUGAAAGUACAUGAAGGUAAUGUGUGACUUAGUGUGUUUUGGGGAAAGAAUGAAAGAUAUUUGUCUAUCCAAAUUAUAAAUGCUAGAAAAAAUGCAAUACAGUGUUUCAUUGUAGAGAUUUCUCAGUUCGUUUUUGUGUUGAAGUUGCACAUAAUUUAGGGACUAUAUGUGAUGUACUGUGUGUGUGACCGUACUGUGAAGGAAGAAGAGAAGAAAAAUUGUGAGAAGAACAGCAAAUCUGAAUGACUGUGUCUUUGCUUCAGAAAUAUGAACUGCAUGUAGGGGCACUGAAUAUAUAUUUCUUAAUAUGUUGUUUUUGCAUUGUGGGACCCAAAUAGUUCUGUUUUCUGUGAAAACAGAUGUUGAAUUCAUAUUUCCUUUUGAAAUGUGUCCGUACAGUGGACAAGAUGACAGUGGAGUGAAUAUGAAGCCAUUCAGCAUAAAAUGAAACUUGUAUUUUCAUUGUACGCAAGAUUUGCAAUGCACAACUAAAUAGAGGUACAAGAUACAUUUCUGUACUUUAAAACUUGCAAAAUUUUCAUUAUUGUUAUUUUAGUUGUCAAAAUAUGUAAUUCAAAUAUCAUUUUGGUUUAAAAGAAUAUUUGAGAAAGGAAGACUGAAAAAGAAUAUUUUCAAUGGGUAAAAGAGACCUGAAUUCUUCCAAUAAAAUAAAUUGUAAUUAUUGGUAAAUUAAGUAGGUACCUCUAUUUCUCAUAUUUUAAUGUCUGCAAACAGAAUAGAAAUUAUUUAUGAUAGACUGCCCUGGUUUUGUCAGAAUUAUCAUUUUAGCAUGCAAAAUGCUUCCUGACACAGAGGCUUAGCCAUCACUCAUUAUGUUGUAUGGUUUUUUUCCCUGUAAUAUUAAAUUUGUUGAACAUUUUAUUGUUACCUAGAAGCUUCAUAUUGAAAUUCAUAUUCUCUAGCCUACGUCCAUAGUAAAUAUUGUCAGUUAGACAAAUUAUUUUAUUCUUUAUUUGUAUAAUUUUCUCAUUCACCUGUUUUAAAGUUAAAAGGUUUGGUUUUCAUUUAUUGAGAACUUAUUUUGUGUUAAAGAAUGUGUGAAGUAAAGAGAUGUAUUGAUAAUUAUAAAUAAUUCUGGCAAAUUUUUGCCCUACCAUCUUGCUAGAUUGUAACCUGAAAAUGAAUAUGAAUGGAGUCUAAAAUAGGAGGUCAGGCAUCAAAUAAAAGAAAAUUAAACUGUUAUUAUUAUUAUUAUUAUUAUUUAAAAAUAUCAGCAUUGUAUUGUCUGAAGAAGAGUGCAUUAAUGCUUACAGUAUUGAUGGAAGAAAUGCUAAAAUACUUACUACUAACCUUUCGUUACUUAGAACCAUUUUGAAUCUACAGAAUAAAAUAAUUUUUUUCUCAAUACCCAUUUUUGACAGUCUACUCAAAUGUUUUCUUCUUAUAAUUGUCUGUACAUUACUUUUAUUUUGUUCAUCUUUUAAUAUUUAUGAUUAACUCUUUUCUACAAUAUUUCAUAAACAAAUCCUUACUGUUUAGACUGAAGAUUUUUGCCAUGACACCUAGUAAUAGACGUUGACAUAUGUAGAAGUUCUAUCAUAAAGCUCCAAAAAUAAGUCACAGAAUGGAUUUGGGUGUAUGAAAUGGAGGAGAAAAGAUGAAUCUGUUAAUAAUGAAUAAGUGUAAUGUGUGGUGAUUCAAUUCCAUGUAAUGAAGAUUAAAUUUAAUUCCGUGUUAUGAAAGCAGUAAAUAUGUUUCUUAAGAAUUUGUUUUGUAAAACUGUAUUUCUGUUACAAGCAAAUGUGAUAAAGAGUAUAUGAAGGUCCAUCCAUUAAGUGCACCAGUAGACAAACGCGUGUGCCAUUUCAUUACUCAAAAGAAAAAAAAAAAGAAAAAAAGCUCAAAUGUUCAAAGAAUACCUAAACUGAGUUUAAUGAACAAAAACCUGUGGACAUUUCUUUGAAAUUGUUUUGAAAGAUAAAACAAAUGUUAUUGGGCAAUUUAUUGUUUUCAUUAAAUAAAAAAAAAUAAUUUAUCUCCACUACAGAAACAUACUUUUUGUAUUAAAAUGAAUCUGAUAGCUUCAAUCCUUAUUUCCACACACUUUUCUGUGAAAUUUGUCCAAGUUUCUUUUAAUUUUAACUCAUAAAUAUUUAUAAUUUUGCUUUUAUAUAUGUGUAAUGUACAUUUUUAUUAAUAGAAACUGAACAAGUUAAAAAAUAUAUAAUACCCUGACCUCCCUUUUGAUAUCCUUCCUUAUCUCAGAAAGAAAAUAGAUAUAAGCAGUAGUCUUAUAUAUACAUACUUUGCCCCCCUACGUGGAAUUCAAUGCAUAAGUAUUCUUUCCUUUGUUUAAUUGUCAAUGAUCAGAGUCUCUGAGAUUUAACUUGUAUGUUAUAAAAUAAUGUUCUGAUAGUUCCUGUUUGAGUUACAUAUAUUCCAAUGACUUCCAUUUUAUGUUGCCUGUGUUAAAAGUUAUGUUAGUUUCAAAAAAUAUCUACCUCAUAAUACCAAAGAUAAAGUUUUGUAGAAUGUAACUAGUCUGUUUUUGAACUUGAUAAUGUAACAAGUUCACACGGUGCUACUACCUUAUUUUUGGGUCAUUGUUAGACCUUGAUUUAUGAUGUAGAUUUUGAAUCGUAAACCUUACUUUUUGACUGAAGUUUUCCUUAACAAUGAUGGCAAAGUAGUAGUCUGCUUUUCAACAGCAUCUGUAACUUCAUUCAUGACAUUAUUUCCUCCCAAUUCUUUCUCAAUUUCCCCCAAUUCUUCCUCAAUAUUGCAAGACUGCAGAGAAGACAAAAUUUGUAUUUUCUUGGACAUUUGUACUCCAGAAAAGUGUAUGAUGAUUAAUAAUCUUUAAGACAAAGUUUUGAGAAAACAAACUCGUACAGUGAAAUAGUCAAAAUACUAAAUUACCGUGAAUGUGGUUCUAAAAUGCUGCAUAAUUUAAUUGCUAAUAACUAUUGGCACAUUUCAUCAUGGCUCACUCAUUUUUUUAAAAAUUUUCUUCACACAGAAAAUUAACGAAAGUCAAAGUCACUCUACAAUCAAAGUCAGUGAAAAUGUUAAUCUGCGGAAAUAUUCCCAUGAAAAAUGAAUGGAAUAUACAAUGGAAAAAUCUUACUGUUAUAUUCUUAAAUAACCUCAUCUCAAAAUUAUGAUUUAAAAAAUAAAUACUUUUACAACAUAGCCUUAUAUAGAUUCAUACAGUUGUUUGAAAAUUUGGAUAAGAUUUUGUUUUCUUUCAAAUUUCUUUUUAUUUUCUAGUCUUGAAAUUACUUUCUAUUACAUCAUUUUGUAUCUUUCAUUUUUUCAGAAAGAAAUUUAAUUUGCAAUUAAGUUGGAAAAUUUAUAAUAAUUUAUAAUGUAAUGUGAUGUGAGGUCAGUUUGGGUAUUCAUUGAACCAGAUUAUUGCAAUUUUACUAUAAACUUAUAUUUUAAAACUAUACACCAAUGAAAUUGAGGUAAUAAAGUAUUGAGAUGUAUUCAAAGAUGUACUGGAAUUGAACAAAAUGUAUUGUAGAUAAGCAUUGGAUUUAUGCAUGCAAGAAUAAAUGUUACAUAUAUUAAUUAUACCUAAUAUAUACAGAGGUUUCUACUCAGAAUAUUACAAGAAGUUGACACAGAAAGUGGUGUUACCAUGGGUUAGGAACCUCUUAUGAAAUCUUGUGUUAACUUGCAGUAGAAACAUAACAUAAUAAUUAAAUAGAUGAAAGUACAUUAGAUGCCUUCAAGGAUUCAAAAACAAUCUUUAAAUAUUUGUGUUCAGUGUUUUGUGUCAUUUGUCUAAUGUCUUUCAAAUAUUAACGUAUUGGGAAAUCUUGUGGGCUUGAAAAUACAUUGGUUCAUCCCCUUAAGAUCUCAGUAGGGAUUUUAUUCGUAUCUUGUGCGUAUGUAAAUCUUUUUAUUAUAAAAUACAUAAGGCAGUAUACAUUUUGUGUGAAAGUAAUACUACACAAGAUCUUGGUAGUAUUUUCACCUUUAAACAUCUGUAAAUUUUCUGAUCAUUUCUACUUUUCUGAGAUUUAAAGACAAAAUUGAAAAAACAACAUAGAGUAUGAUUCUGUAUAAAUCCAUUGCACUGCUGUAUGAAUUGCAUGAUAGUAUAUCAGAUAAGGCGAAGUGAAAUUAGGAAAAAAUAAUAUGCAGAAUUUUUCUUCCCUUAGUUUCACUUAUUGUUUUGUGACCUAAUGAAUUCUUGUAAAAAUAUUGACACACGCUGAUCUUGAAAAUAAAGAAAAACACUCCCAGUGAACAUCACUAUGAAAAAGUUUGUUUAUUAUUGUAUGUUGUCAAUGAAAACUUUUAUUAUGAUAACAUACUGUAUAACCUUGCCAAAUAUUGAUUCAUAAUAUUCAUUAAUCCCUAUUAGAUUCUGUGUUUUUGUGUAGGAAAGUCUUGCUCUUACACUUGGAAAAACUUCAAACUGUUUUUAAAAGAAAAUUGAUCCCGUUUUAAAUACAGUUGUCAGGUGAACAAAAUACAUAAGUGCAGAAAGUGUGUUAAGGACUUUGUACUAUAUAAUAUUCUGCAAUAUUUUUCUUCAGAUGUAUGAGUAAAUGAAUUCUUGAAAUAAUUAUUGAUGAUUUUUUGUGAUAAUAAGUGAUCAGCCUCAUUGAAAUAUCUUCUUUGCUUUUCAGAGAGAAAAGAAUGUUUAUUGUACUGUUGUAAUGCAUGUUUAUUGACCAUUAAUUUCCAUGAUUUUGGGUAUUGUACUAGGUAUAUGGAAUGAAUUUAAUCAAUUUACUUUGGCAGGAUUCAAAAGUAUUGCACUGAUAUGAGAUUUGUUUAUGUAAAUAACUUUAAACUUGAUCAUAAGCCCUCUGUGUCUAGGAAUUGCAUUUUUUAAGUCAUAAAUAAAGUCCUGUGUUGUAUAAAUUAUAUGAAGCAUAUAAAAUUAUGUAAAGGAAGGUGGGUAGAAAUGUUCAUCAAAAGCUUUUGAUUGAACAUAAAAAGAAAAUUAUGAUUGUGUGACUGAAUUCACUGAUGAAAUUUAGAGUGGUUUGUAUAUUAGACCAUUUCAGUAUGUGAUACUCUGACCUAUGGCUUCCACAGAUGUCCCUUAUCUACCUUCCAGUCUUGGAUUGAAUUAAGUGAAGGUGUAAAAUCCAAAGAGACUUUUUUUGUAAUGGGCAAGUGUCUUUCUAGGUUUUGUAUUUUGAAUUUUUCAUAUUUUGUUAAAAAGUAGUUGACAACGCAAACUGUACAUUGAAACAUGUUUGUCACUGUGACAACUUGCUGUAUUAACCACAGUAGUUUCUGCUAUGCCAUUGAAUACUGUAGGUCUGUUAGUAUGUCAUGAGAUAAUAGAGGAAAGAAUGAGCUUAUGGAGAAAAUAAGUGAGCAUCACAUUGUCCAAAGGUGCCAAUUAUUGUGAUUUCAUGUGAUUAUCUUUCAUUUUGAAUAUCCAAUUUACCUGAAAAGUUCAGUUUCCAAUAAAUAAAUCUGUUCAAAAUGCUGAAAAAACUUGCAGAAAAUAUUACAAUUCUAAUCAAUGAAUAAAAUGUUCAGUGCAACAUGAUAAAAGAAAGUUAAAAGAACUUGAUUUCCAAAGAAUGAUUUUACUUUCUUCCAGGACAGGUACAAAGUACAAUGUAUAUUGAAUCUCAAGACUGCAUUAAAUUUGGUUCCUGCAUUGCACUGACAAGCUCCACUCCUUACACUGACCCUGCAGUUAGUGUACUGUGUUAAUGAGGACUUCUUUUAUCAUAAGUAGUUAAAAUUAGGAGCUGCAACACAAAGUAUUUGACUUGUAGUUUGUAGUAUGUAUAAUGUGGCAGUUGUGAAUUGGCAGAAUGUACACACACAUGAAUGUCAUGAAUGGUAUUGUGAAUGGAAAAGAUGUAAGAACCAUACUUUGCAUUGUGUGUGCUACUUUUAGUACAAUAUGCUGCAUUUGUAAAAAACAGCAUAGUAUUGUUUGAUACAGUUCAUUUUGCACAUUUUUUUUCAGAAUUCUGUGGAAAUAUUUAAUUUAGGAGUUCAUUGGAUGUAUAUCUUCAUCAAAUGCAGCUAUGGAAUUUGUCCGUGUUUCACUAUGUUAUUAACUUGUAAUUCAUAUAAUGAAUAGAUGUUAAAUAAAAUUUUAAUUUGGUAUUACAUAAACAUUUAAUAAAAAGAAAUUUUGAAAAGUGCAAAUCCAUGCAUUUG